CUCUCUCUCUCUAUCUCCUACUUUUCCGUUUCAUCACAUCUUUCGGUUUCUCGCACGAGGAAGCGGAAGCGGGAGGUCGAAAGCGCGCCGCCGGAGACGCGGGCCGACGGCUCCGUCGCCGUCGUCGUUCGUUGGGUCGCGCCGAGUUGCGAGAGCGCAGCGCACGUUAUAACAGGUAUAACGAACAGAACGGAGAGUGAGCACCGUGCCGAGCGCACGUUCACGUUGCGUACGCACACACGCCUGAGAAGACGGGCCAGAGAGACGGGCACGGGCCACAGGGCUAGAGGGAAAGUGUAUGCCGUGGGUCGCGUCGCAUUGCAACGCACCGUGUUGCCGCGCCGCCGUUGUGCUGUGUGCUUUCAUUGUGCCGCCGCCGUGAUCGCAUCGUGCCGUGGCGAUCCUCCCGAGCCUCCUCGUACGGAUACUGCCCAGCCAUGAUAGCUACCGCGAGCGCGUCUCCGCCGCGACGCGUGAGGCACGUCGCCGCGCCGCUCUAGCUUUAGGGGCCCAACCGACCACAAGAUGCGAGAGGUCCGUUCUCGGGAGAGCAUCCUCGCGUGAAAGUCAGCGUCGCAGAAUGGUGGUGGAUUACUGCUUGCCGAUUCAGACCUCAGCAACUGCAGUGAGAAAGCAGGAGCGAAGGUUAGGUGGCACGGUGGGUGCAAAGAUGCAACCCAACAGUGGUGGAGGAUGUGGAAUGACACCCAAAGAGCUCUCCGACAAUGACGACUUGGCUACAUCCCUCGUGCUGGAUCCCUAUUUAGGAUUUACCACCCACAAGAUGAAUAUCAGGUACAGACCGUUAAAGGCGAACAAGGAGGAUCUCCGAAAGAUUAUUUGCGAAUUUAUUCAAAAUCAAAAUUAUGAGAAGGCAUACAAGAAGUUGAUGGGUGGAGACUGGGGCGCACGGCUGCCUCACACAAAGUCCAAGCAGCAGCAAAUCAAUCUGGAGAAUCACAUCAAGCGAUAUCUACGAGUUUUCGACAAGGAUUCUGGCUUUGCCAUAGAGCCGUGUUACAGAUACAGCCUGGAGGGACAAAAGGGUGCAAAGAUAUGCGCUACCAAAAAAUGGAUGAAGCACGACAAAAUUUCCUGCCUCGUCGGUUGCAUAGCGGAGCUGAGUGAAAAGGAGGAAGCGGCGUUGCUGCAUCCUGGGAAAAAUGACUUCUCUGUGAUGUUUAGUUGUCGGAAGAAUUGCGCCCAAUUAUGGUUGGGACCGGCCGCAUACAUAAACCAUGACUGUAGAGCGAACUGCAAGUUUGUGGCGACGGGAAGAGACACGGCGUGUGUCAAGGUGUUGCGCGAUAUCGAGGUGGGUGAGGAAAUCACAUGCUUCUAUGGAGAGGAUUUCUUCGGCGAUAGCAACUGUUACUGCGAGUGCGAGACCUGCGAGAGGCGAGGAACCGGCGCUUUCGCGAGCCAAAAGCCGGGCGAGGAGAUGUCGUCUGGUAUGCCACGCGCCAUAUUUUUAGGACAGUUACUUCUAUUUUUUUCUAUUUUCUAUUUUUCAGGCUAUCGUCUGAGAGAAACAGAUAAUCGAAUCAAUCGAACUAAGCAUCGGCAGCAGCCAUUGAACAGGAAUAAACAGCAAGCCGAUACUGCCCUCACCGAGCGAAACGCGGUCCUGGUCGGAAAUACGGCCGUCGCGCCGCAAUCUCUCAGUAUGAAGGAGUUGCGACGCAAAGGACUCACCAAGUACGAUGCCGAGUUAUUGAUCGCGCAGGGCUGCCGUUUCUCGGAUAUCAACAAUCAGCAGCCGACGAUCAACAACGGCGAGAAUAUGCUGCAGACUCGACCGCAUCCCUCCGCGAUCGCGACUUCCGUCACGAGGAGUCUCCGUAACAAACAAUUGUGCAAGUUUGACGGCAAUACCGGUGACGGAAGUGCCAUCAAGAAUACUCAAUCGCUCAGAGCGUCCAGACUUCACAAGAGAACGGAAUCGAAGAAAGGAAAGGUCGGUGUGAAGUCCGCGUCGCCCUGUCUCAGCAAUCCCGUUGUGAAAGACACGGAAGUGGCGGAUAUCGGUCAUCGAAAGGAGGAUUCCGAUAGAGUACCGGUGCACAAGGAGAAUUUGUAUUCGCGAUUGCAAAAGCAUCGUCCGACAAACGCGUCGCAGGUGGAUCACGAUUUCCGCAUGGAACAACCACGACAGCGUACCGUGGCGGCGGGAUCAAACGAAGACGCUUGCCCGCUGCGACUGACGGAGAUGGAAGACACCGGUGAAUCGAACGGCGAUAGUGACUUGGUGGAGGACGAACGGGGAAUACCGGAUCUCACCGCGGAAGUCGAUUCUGAGACAGAUAAUAUUAAUUCUUCCAAUUACAAAAAGGGACAUUAUAGUACAAACGUCUGUGAUUCAAUCCGAUUAAGUUCUACAUCUCAAGCCCAUGUGCAACAACGCUUACAUACCGUAGAAUCGAUUCCCGAGGAUACGAACUGUCGCUCGAGGGACUAUCAUCAUUCUUUGUCACCCGUGCGGCAUAAGGAAGGCGAGAACGAUCCUUCUUCUGGCGCGGACGAGCAGGCGAAUUGCGUUAACAAACGUUCCAAGCCCCAUGGCAAGCGGCUUUCCUCGACGGACGAGCAAGACGAUCGCAAGACGCCGAACGAGGAGUCGUCUUACGAGGAGGACGAUGACAAUUCGCCGUCGCCACUGAUCGAAGAGAAGAAAACGUUGCAGGUUAACUUUCGAGAGAACGACAUCUUGCACGAGAUGAGCUCUCGGUCGGAUGACGAAUGUUGCGAUUUGAACUCUGCGAAAGUAAUUGUGGUGCAGAAGUACGAUGUGGAAAAAGAAGAGGAAAGUGAAGGCUGCGAGAGUCCGAUCGCCGUCGACGUGUCGGCGGCGACUCGCUCGGACAGUGUCGAGUUUUGUAGAUUGAGCUCCGAGGGAGUUGUGGAAGCGGAAGCGAAUGGCGAAAACGUUUUCAAAUGUUAUAGUAAUACAGUUUCGAAUGAGGAGGAGGAGGAAGAGGAGGAGGAGGAGGAGGAGGAGGAAGAGGAAGAGGAAGAAGAGGAGGACAUUGUGACGAAAAGUGAUACGUACGUCGAGAGCGUCGAGUCUGGCGUCAGACCCGCGAUGUUAUGCGCAACGGAGAUGGACUCCAGAAUAAAUAUUAUGGACGAAAAUAACGCGAUGGUCUUUAAUAACGUACAGAUUAUGAACUAUAAUAGCGGUCUAACCAGCCAUACGAAUUUAGAAGACAAUCACGAUCCCGCGUUGAUAAAGAGAUCGACGUCCAGGCGGAAAGAUCACGCUUUAGACGCGUUCUCGAAGUCGUCUCGCAAGUUGCAGAAGAAACUCUCGAGCGCCAAGUCCAAGUUCGGGAUAUUGUUGGAGGGUGUUCAGGAAGAUUUGAAGAGUCACGGCAAGGGGAAGAGCAAGAACAAAUCUAUCAAGAGUCAAAGGAGGGAUCGGCAGAGAUCGGCGACAGCCGAGAUAGGAGAGGCCGACGACGAUUCGGGCAUUCAGGGCGAUAUCUACGAGUUCAGCGAGAAGGAGAGCAAUCUGGAAGAUAUCGGCAUACUGUCCAUAAUAAGACGUGGCAAGCACGAAUCUCGUCACGCGUCCUCCUCGAUAGCGAUGUCGCCUGUGCAGGAGAUGCAGUGCAAUGACGAGUACAAUAAAGCUGAGCCACCGGUGCUGGUUCGAGAAGAACCGUGGCCUCCAACCGUGGCGCAGAGCGAACGUAGCGCGGAAUCCAAUAGCGAUAUUCAAUCGAAAGGAAACUGUGAUGCUGAAAGGAGCUUGGAGCGAUUGACAGCCUACGAGAACAAUGGCAGCACGCGAAAGUCAAGCACGACCCCGUCCGAGUGCCAAUGGCGAACGAGCAAUCCGAGCGACUGUCGAGUUUGUCCUGUCACGCCGGAGAGGACCGGCGGUCGGCUGAAGCUGACGUUACGUAUGAAGCGAUCGCCCGUGCUGGACGACAUCGUCGAGUCCGGCACCAGCGGUAUGAGCGAGGACAGCUACGAGCCGGAGUACGAGGUGUUGCGCGUCGAGGGAUUGGAGAGGCGCAAACGCCGAAAGAAGCACAAGAGCAGAGAUCGCGAGAGACGGCAUAAGAAGUCGCGCGAAUUGAACCUCGAUCCACCGCCGCCGCCCAUGAAAAGAUUACGCUUGAUUCUCGGGAACGAGACUCGCACCAUCGAUUUAACGCACUCUUAACAGCUAUAAUUCUACCUGCCGCCGCUCCUUCGACUUGCGCUCCCCCUCCCCUCCCCACCCUUCCAUCGUCAUGACGUGUAAUAUCGAUUUCAUUAUGAUAUAGACUAUCUUUUUAAACAUAAUUAAAAAAUGAAAGAUCAUCCACAAAGUUAGGCCUCCUCGUCCUGCGACACGUGACAGCGAGUUCAUGUCGAACUUGAAGAUAGUUUUCACGAUUAAACUUGAUUUAGUGGUAGAAACUAGCAUCGUUACAUUUUCUGCCUAUCUUUGUAUCUUUCAUCUCUCUAUUUUUCUCUCUAUCUCUGUCUUGUAGUCACCGUUAUUUAAAUCUUAUCUGUCUUAUUCUUGUAACAACAACGAAUCUCUGAGGGCCUAUCGUAAGUGAGAAAAUGCGUAGGUAAAGUUUUAGAUCGUGCGCGCACACGUUUCAUCCAUGUAGAGUUAAAUAUCGCGUACAAGUCGGUGUCAUGGUACGUGUGAAUAUUUUAUCCGGGCAUACAGUUCCAUAGAGAUUAACGAAGUGCUCUAGCAUAACUAAAGAUGUAAUUCCACUUAGUGAUUCAAUUGGAGCCAAACUGAUAUUAUUAUUUUUCGAAAGUUUCGCCCUCUUUAAUCAAGAAUAUCUUUAAUCUGAUUCCCAAAUAAGAUGAUUUUUGAAAAAUUUCUCUUUCUUCCCGCACUUCUUUUUCUCUGGCUAACCGUUUCUUGACAGACUAUAUCUUGACAAAUAUAUGUAACAGAUUGCGUCGAUCUUGUACUUCAUGAGACAACGUCAAAUUAAAUCUUCUAAAUUGUAUCUCAGUAGAAUCGUUUUGUAAUGAAAUUUAUUAUUGCUGCUUUCCAUGGUAUUCCGAAAUGGAAAAAAAAGGACGAAGGAGGAGGAGGAUCCCUAUGUAUAAUAAUGAUUAUCUAACUGAUAAUUAAAAAAAAAUUUAGCUAAAUAUUAGUUAGCACUUAUAAUCGCUAUUCUCGAACGAAGGGUCAAAAAUAUCAUGUGGAGAACCUUGUAAAUAUUGCUUAUACAUAUAUUAUAAGUUUAUAUAUAUAUAUUUCGGUGUAUUAAACAAUGUCUUUCGAUGCGAGUCGCAGGCAGGCACCGCAUUGCAUAUACCAUUGUAUACGGAAUACACCGAGGUCACAAUAUUGUAGUAACGAAAUAAGAACGAGGGUUUCAUUCGCGGCAACGUUUUUCGUUAUAUUACGUGCCGUUAGAAAAAUCAGAAUGUUCACAUAGUAAACGAGGGGACAAAAUGCAUGCUUGCGCAUAAGAGAUCAUCAUCUGUUCCACAUCGUUUCUGUUCAUCGAAAGUAUGAUACGUGAGGACUGGAAAAACAAAAACUUGUAUUAUUUGAAAUUUGUUAAAUCAGCGCAAUUUUAUUCUGUAUCAGAUAAACUAUCAGAUAUUUUUUUUAAUUCAAUAACGAAAAAAAAUGCGAGCUUUGCUUCUGUCAAGUUGGAAAGAAAGUAAUAUCGUUAUUUUAAAAGUUUCAGAGUCAAGAGACUAAUCUUUUUUAGAUAAUUCAAUCGGAGAUUGAUCUCCGGUGUUUAAGAAAAAUCGUUACAAAGCAGUAUUACUUCAUUUCCAAUCCGAUAUCCAAUUUUUCACGUUGCUAGAACACUCACCAUAGAGAUCACUGAAAUUUUCAAAAUCAGAAAUGUGAUAUUGCAUAAGUUCGGAAAGAGUUUCGUAUGAAAUAAAAGUUCUACGACGCACGUGCGAUACUUGUUCAUUAGAGUUAAAAUUCUUUUACUGGAUUUUACUGGACGAAUGGGCCGUUACUGUCCAAUGCUAUUAAUGCCAAUGUCAUUUGGUAUUUUUAAUAUGUGAAUUAACAUAAAAUGAUACAAAGAAAUUAAAUAAUAAAAGAGAAAAUUAUCGUUACGCACUGAGCGAGCUACAGGGAAUUGUAAGAAAUGAUUUCGCUUUGUGCUGUAUAUAACGAUGAAAAAUUCGUACUGCAGAAAACAAUAGAUUAUACGGUUCAUUAAUUUUUUUUUUCGAAGAAAAUUGCUCGCACGUAAAACACAUGGGCACACAGAAUUAUAGAAAAAUCAUUUGUACAUUGAUUAUUUAUUGCACAUUUACAAUAAUAGAUUAGUUGUACGAAGAUGAAAGUGCGGGAUAAUAAAAUUAAUUUAAAUUUAAUAUUAAUAUUUUAAUUAAUGUUAAUCUAAAUUAUUGCACUCUUCAUUAAUGUUAUUUACUAUUUCGCCAAAUCUUUGCAUGAGCAAUUCUCGCCGAAUUGAGUCCUUUUCACCAGCAAAAAGUGCAACUAUAGUUGUGAUAUUCAUAAAUCCUAUAAAGAAGAUGUUAAUCUUACUCCUCUUUCCCCCACACGUUAUAUAAAUAUAUAUCAGGAUAAUAAAUUUAAAAAAACAAAUUAAUUCAUUCAUAAUGUUUUUAAUGGACAGCAUUUUUAGGAUUGAUUGCACCGUAAAAAAAUUAAUAACUAGCAAUUGCUUAGCUCAUUCCAAAUCUCUAUGUAGAAAGAAAAUUUAAUUGGAAAAUAAAUUGAGGAGCAUUAACCGAUAGCAGCUGAUAACAAUUUUAAUUAACAAUAGGAGAUUUGGUGCAUUCGAGUAAUUAAUAAUUAACAAGCGAUUGAUCGUAAUUGAUAAGUCAGUUAAUUAAAUAGAAAGAAAUGUGUUCACACGAAACUGUCUGAUUCUCGUCUAAAAAAAAUAAUUAUUUAUAUUAUAUGUAAUUGAUUUUCUAUUAUUAAAACUGAUGUGUGUGAAAGAGGAUCCUGUUUUUAAUUUUUAAUAUCAUUUCAAGAUCACUUGAAAUUAAAGGGGUCUAAAAAUAUGUAACAUGAAUUUGUAAAUGAGACUAUAUCUAAUCACUUAAGAAGCGCGAUAUAAUAUAUAAUUCAAUAACUGUUUGCCGAUACAGCUUGACCGUAAUCAUAAUGGUUCGUCAACGCUGCAUGAUCGUAGCGGCCCAUUUCGAGAUAUUUCGUAUGAGAAGCGAACGAGGGAAGAUCCAUUCGAUUUUCCCUUUAUUCGCGAUUUGCAUGCGAUUGUGCAACGAGUCUCGCAAUCGACUCGAAACGUUUUUUUUUUUUAAGUUAUGGGAGAGAAAAGACGAAGGAGAAAAGGGAACAGAUAUGAAAGGAGAAAAUUUCUCGAAUUUCUUCUUUUAUUCGCAACAAAAGUUUUGCAUCGCAACAUUUUAUUUCUCAUCAUUCAGCGAUAUCAUUUUGUUUUCUGCAAUCCGUCGCACGCAACGCUUCCUCUCCUCCCCCCCUCUUCCCACCUCAUUCGUUAUCGGCAGAAUUUUUGUCUCACUGCCAUUAGGAGAAUGAUGUUAAUUCGUACGUUUCGAUUAAUCGCUCGCGAGAGUAAGGCGUGUAAGAAGAGUCGCAUAAAAAAGUCGCAUCCCCUGCGCUGCAAAUAAUCAUUGUUAUAGGCGAAUUUCGUAUAAUAUGAAUCGUUGCGAAUCGAGGAGGACGAUAUUUUGUGAGUCUCUCCUCCGAGAACCGCCCAGCGAGGAAGAAAGAUGAAAAAAAAGGAGGGAAGCAGAUGAAGUUUUUUUUUCUCUCGUAGAAGACUCGCAGCCGCGCGCGGCGCGUACAUUGUAAUUAUACAUAUUAUCUUAUUUGUUGAGCGACAGAUAUAUAGAAAUGUACAUUGUCAUUAUUAUUUUCUACGGAUUAAGGAAUCAUAAUAAAUGAAUCGCAUAACGUAA